CGACACCAGAACGUAACGCCGAUCUCGUACUGUGAAGGCUCCGAUCAAGUCGAAUAGGGGGUGUUACCCGUUAUAAUAACCUGCGAAGACUCGAAACCCCGCAAAAUGUCGUACACCUUCUCCAUCCUCUCCCCACUCGACGUCCCCCUCUUCACCCACGACUUCGGUACAUCCCGCUCAGGCGGCGACGGCGUCGCACGCUUCACGCCAUCCGAACGCGCCCUAGUUCCCUUCAUUCUGCACUCCGCGCUCGAUAUCGUCGAAGAAGUGCAAUGGGGCCCAUCGACGUCCUCAGGCAGCGCACCCAUGUACCUCAAGCACAUCGACAAGUAUCAGAACUGUUACAUCUCAUGCUGGAUCACGGGAGCGAACACGCGGUUCUUAUUACUCACGCGGCCGCGCGAUGAGAGUCUUGGGCUGGCAGGGAGUGGCGGUGGUGCGAGGGGGAGUUUGGCUGGAGGGCGGGCGGCGCUGGGCGGUGGGCAGCUCUACAAUCCCACAAGUCCGGUGACGGAGGAGGCGGUGAAGAACUUCUUUGUGGAUGUGUAUGAGGCGUGGAUGAAGGCGAUCAUGAAUCCAUUCUUCCAGGUGGGGAAUGGGGAUGUGGUCAGAAGUCCAGUCUUCAGGCAGAGAGUUGCUGCAGCGGCGAAGAAGUACCUAUGA